AUGGAACUCAUCCCUGAUCUUCCCGAAACCGUGGCCCGCGAGUGUCUCCUACGCGCCUCCUACAAGCAAUUUCCUCUGAUCGCCUCUGUUUGCAAAGUCUGGCAGCGAGAAAUCAGCCUCCCUGAUUUUCUCCGACACCGGAAAGCUUCAGGGCAUAGCCAGGAGCUUGUUGUCUUGUCUCAAGCUCGGGUCGACCCGGUUUCAGACCUCGGAUCGGGAAAAACAAUCCCCACGCCCUUGUAUCGGAUCUCGGUUCUCGAACCAGCGUCCGGUUUAUGGAUCGAGCUGCCUCCGGUUCCCGGUAAAGCCAACGGGCUGCCUCUGUUCUGUAGAUUAGCUUCAGUCGGGUCGGAUCUUAUUGUAUUGGGCGGGCUUGACCCAGUCACAUGGCGUACCUCUGAUUCAGUCUUCAUCUUCUCCUUCUUGACCUCCACGUGGCGCAACGGGACGAGCAUGCCAGGUGGAUCACGUUCCUUCUUCGCCUGCGCUUCGGAUUCGCAACGGAACGUGUUCGUGGCGGGUGGACACGACGAAGACAAGAACGCGCUGACGUCAGCUCUCGUGUACGACGUGGCAGAAGAUCAAUGGGCCAUUCUGCCAGAUAUGUCCCGUGAGCGAGACGAAUGCACGGCGAUUUUCCGCGCUGGCAAAUUCCACGUCAUAGGUGGUUAUGCCACGGAUGAACAAGGGCAGUUUAGUAAAACCGCUGAGUCGUUGGACGUUACCACGUGGCAGUGGACCUCACGGUCGGAAGAUUUCCUCUCUUCGGGGAUGACUACGUGGCCUCCGGUCUGUGCUGCCGGGGAAAACGGAGAACUUUACGCUUGUUGUCGUCGUGAUCUGAUGGUGAUGAGAGAUGACACGUGGCAGAAAGUUUCAAAUCUUCCUGCUGACGUGUGCAAUGUGUCCUACGUGGCGGUAAGGAGGUCCGGGGAGCUGGUCGUGAUCGGUUCGGCUCGGUACGGAGAACCAAGCGUAGGGUAUAAUUGGGAUACGAGCAAUUCUCGAUGGGUAAAACUGGAAACACAUGAAAAAUUUGAAGGUCACGUUCAAGCUGGUUGUUUCUUAGAGAUUUAA